CAGUCGUAGACACUAAGGAAGGCCUAUUUCACUAUUUGCGUAAAAUGUAGCAGUUUCCUUUUUUUCUCAAAUGGCUGUACUAGUGAACACCUUCGCAAAACAUGCCACAGACGUGACAUCUUGUAGCUUUUCACCCAACAGUAAAAUUUUAGCCUCAAGCUCUGGCGACAAAUCAGUUCGACUGUGGAAUAUCGAAAAUGGGAGCGAGUUGUCGGUGUCACCAUUGCUUGGGCAUACAUACAGCGUCAACUCUUGCAGUUUCUCACCAUUUGGAACUAUACUUGCAACAGCCUCGACGGACUGUAGUGUUUUCCUCUGGGAUGUUGAUUCUGGUUCCAUGAUUUCGGUUCUACAAGGACACAAAAACGUUGUUCGCGUUUGUCGGUUUUCACCUAACUCUCGAUUUCUCGUUACCGGCUCUGCAGAUGAAACGUUUUGUAUUUGGGAUGUAUCAUCUAGAAAGCUUGUCAAAUGCGUGGAUAGAUUGGAAAGUAGUGUGUUGACUUGUUGUUUUACGCCAGAUAGCUUGCACAUAGUGACUGGAACAAGUAUGGGAGAUUUGUGUAUCUGGGAUGCCCAGAGUGGAAAAAUGACGAAGUUUUACGCGGAAGGACAUGAUCUCGGAGUAGCUGACUGUUGCUUCUCGCCAACUUUUGGAUCGGCUAUACUGAAUACUGUGGAAUCUCCAUUUAUGACUCAAGUUGUGUUGCGCCGUCUUGGUCUUGAUACAAAUUAUCCUGGUUUUCAAGACACAAGUGGUGGUGCUCCACAGUUUUUGCUUGCUACUGGUGGAAAUGAUAAUCUUGUUAAGCUGUGGGACAUUUUUACCGCUUCAGCAUUUUCAGAAGAGUGCCACAUCCGUAAACGCUGUUCAUUAAAUGGUCAUCAGGGCCCAGUGCAUGGUGUUGCCAUGUCUCCAAACGGCAAAAUCAUGGCGUCAGGGUCUUCAGACAAGUUAGUUAUCCUUUGGGAUCCUUUGCUGGGAGUAUCAUUACUGACAUUGGAGGGGCAUACAAGGUAUGUAACUUGCUGUACAUUUUCUUUGGAUGGGAACUGGAUGGCAACAGGAUCAAAUGACAGAAUGGUGAAGCUGUGGAAAAUUUGUCUAACUGAGAGCGGUGAACUGGAUCAGUCAGGCAGGUCUACAGCAAAGCCAAUUCUACAGUGUACACCAGUAAAGAAACAGGAAUCCCAGGAACCCAAGAAACAAAGGAAGAAACUUGUGACAUGGAGUGUUGAUGAUGUCUGUAGCUGGCUUAUUUCAUUGGAUCUUGAUAUUUACUGUGAAUCAUUCCGUCAGAAUGCCAUUGAUGGAAUGGAGCUGUCCAACAUGACAAGCGAAGUGCUGGCAUCAGACCUUGGUAUUGGUCCAGCUGGUCAUCGCAAUAAAAUUUUGCGAACAGUGAAGGAAAUAAAAAAGGAGGAGCUUGAGGAAGAUAUUCCUGAUGAAUUUCUGUGUCCCAUAACAAGAGAAAUCAUGACUGAUCCCGUUAUUGCUGCAGAUGGCUACACAUAUGAACGUGCAUCUAUUGAUGAGUGGCUGACCUCUGGUCGUCUAACAAGCCCGAUGACAAAUGCUCCUCUGAAGAAUUCUUCUCUGACACCCAACAGAAUGCUCUUUAUGCUGAUACAGAGACACUUUAGUGGACAAAAUCUUAAUGUUUGAUACACAUAGACAAUCACUGACUCAUCAAACGUCUGUGUGUGCGCGACAAGGGUACUUUUUGCCAUAGUGACAAUCUGUUAUUUAAUGAAAUAAUUUGAAUAUAUCAACAAAGUUGAAAUGGUAAAUUGGCCACCG